ACGCCGGCUGGCUGGGGCCGCUGCCGCCGCCGCUGCAGCCACUGUCUCCGGCCCUGCAGCCUCGGGGCAGGGAGUGAGCGAGUGAAGUUUGUCAGUCCUUUUCAGGACUUAGAAGAACGUCAGUCCACUUCCCAUCCUCAAUUGGUCACAGUUCAUUCCCAAAGGAAGACUUGAAUCAUUCCUGCAGAGCCCAUACCUAUGACACCUCAAGAGAGACAACUGCCAACUCUGUAGGCAGUGAAGUCUGUCCAGUUCCUGUGUACCCUGGACCCCUGAAGUCUACCUCUUAUGCACUCCAGCACUCCAAUCAGCUCCCUCUUCUCCUUCACCAGCCCAGCAGUGAAAAGACUGCUAGGCUGGAAGCAAGGAGAUGAAGAAGAAAAGUGGGCCGAGAAGGCUGUUGACUCUUUAGUGAAGAAAUUAAAGAAGAAGAAAGGGGCCAUGGAUGAACUGGAGAGGGCCCUGAGUUGUCCAGGGCAGCCCAGCAAAUGUGUGACAAUCCCUCGAUCCCUGGAUGGGCGACUGCAGGUCUCCCACCGCAAGGGGCUGCCGCAUGUCAUUUACUGCAGAGUGUGGCGCUGGCCAGAUCUCCAGUCUCACCAUGAGCUGAAGCCUCUGGAGUGCUGUGAGUACCCCUUUGGCUCCAAGCAGAAGGAGGUGUGCAUCAACCCCUACCACUACCGCAGAGUGGAGACUCCAGUGCUGCCUCCUGUCCUUGUGCCAAGACACAGUGAAUACAACCCCCAACUCAGCCUCCUGGCCAAGUUCCGCAGUGCCUCCCUGCACAGUGAACCCCUCAUGCCACACAAUGCCACCUACCCGGACUCAUUCCAGCAGCCUACCUGCCCCGCUUUUCCUCCCUCACCUGGGCAGUUUUCACAGUCUCCAUGCGUGGCCAGCUACCCUCACUCCCCAGGAAGCCCUUCAGAACCAGAGAGCCCCUAUUCACAUUCAGACUUCCGGCCUGUUUGCUAUGAGGAGCCACAACAUUGGUGCUCAGUCGCCUACUAUGAACUGAACAACAGAGUCGGGGAGACGUUCCAGGCUUCCGCCCGAAGUGUGCUUAUAGAUGGAUUCACGGACCCUUCAAAUAAUAGGAACAGAUUCUGUCUCGGACUGCUUUCUAAUGUAAACAGAAACUCCACCAUAGAAAACACCAGGAGACACAUAGGAAAGGGUGUGCAUUUGUACUACGUCGGGGGAGAGGUCUAUGCUGAAUGUGUGAGCGACAGCAGCAUCUUUGUGCAGAGCCGAAACUGCAACUACCAACAUGGCUUCCACCCAGCCACUGUCUGCAAGAUUCCCAGUGGCUGCAGCCUCAAGAUCUUCAACAACCAACUUUUCGCCCAGCUGCUGGCUCAGUCCGUUCACCAUGGCUUUGAAGUCGUGUAUGAGUUGACUAAGAUGUGUACCAUCCGCAUGAGUUUUGUGAAGGGCUGGGGAGCUGAGUAUCAUCGCCAAGAUGUCACAAGCACCCCAUGCUGGAUUGAGAUUCAUCUUCAUGGACCCCUGCAGUGGUUGGACAAAGUUCUGACACAAAUGGGUUCACCACACAACCCCAUUUCUUCUGUGUCCUAACAGUCAGGCCUUGUCUACAUUUCUGUAGAAUUGUUGCUAUCGCGGCUCAUGUUAUUUUUGAUUUGCAGCUAACUGAAGUUUAUCAGUUCAUAUCGUAUGUGCUCUUCCUAUUUUUAUCACCAUUCCCUUACUACUUCCUUGUUAACCCCAUGCCAGGACGAUUCAGUUAGAUAAGCAGAAUUGGGGGGGCUUAUGCUAUCCUAAGAAGUAGUUUUUCUUCAUAGGAAGUAAUAAAUAAAAGGUAGCCCUGGAUAAACAGUGUUUGAAGGUAAUUGGCAAAAUAAAAGCACCUUUAAUUAGUCAUGACAUGAGAAGAAUACGGUUGUGGCCUACCAGAAAUAUAUUAAACUAUAGCAAAUACCAGGUACUAGCAGCACUAAAACUGCACUUUCAGACAAAACAAAGCAAUCAAAGCUCAUAUAAUUUUAAUGAUCUUCCUUUUAGUGCCAUGGCUGGGAAAAAUAAGCUUGUACUGUUAUUUUUGUAAAUAUGCCACAUACACUUUAUUUUAUUUCUGAAACUGAAUUACCCAUCACUGUACUAUUAGGCUGAUAUUAAUGGUACAUGUUCAACCAUUUUAAACUGUGAUUGGAGAAGAAAGAAACUGUGAAGUAGAGCCAUAUGGCCUUAUGAUCUAUCACUAUUAAUAAGUCUAGGGUCCAGAGCAAUAGUUCAACAGGAAGGGUAAUUGCUAUGAAUGCAGCUGACCCAGGUUUGAUCCUUGGCAUCCCAUAUGGUCUCUGGAGCAUCAAAGAAGUGAUUCCUGAAUGCAGAGCCAGAAGUAAACUCCAGCAACGUCGGCCCAAAAACAAAAUAAAAUUAAAAAAAGCCAAUAUGACAAGAUAAAACAUGAAAAUAGUGAAACAAACUAUAUUCUCAAAUUAUAAGACAAGGGCAGAACUUGUCCAAGACUUAUCUGGGAGACUGCUGCUUUCCAUGCAGGAAACAGUUUUGUAUGCUCUGGUUAUUCAUGUGGGGCUGUCCUGCAGACUCUGAGUCAGCUCUUAGACUUCUGAGAAAGCAGAUGAGAAGGGUGGCAAGCAGCACCCUGUGUUUACUUAAAUCUUUUCACAUUCCCACAUUAAAUGUCUCUCUCUAAGGGUGCACCUCUCACCAUUUUUUUUUUUUUU